AGCGCCACGCGCGCCAACACGCGCAACUAGCGAUCGCUGGCCAAUGAGAAUCGUCCAAAUAGCUGUGAGUGAAUCGUGAAAAAGUUAAUUGUUCAUUUAUUUAUAUAGAAAAAGUGCCCGAGAGACGCAAUUGAGUGCAGAAAUUAUCAGUCAAGCAGGAGCACAAGAUCACCGUGUGUCGCGAUUGUGUGGAAAUUGCAUCAUUUGCCAGCAGCAAGUGUGAUUUUUUCGCUGGAGGAAAAUCAACAGAGAAUCUCCGCAAGUGUCAACUUUGUCGCCUGACUUCCAUCUCUGGAUUUUCGUGUAUUUCAUCAUCGCGCAGCCACUUCCGGCCAACGGGCGGCGCCGGAUCAGGGAGUGUGUUCCCGGUGGGCAGAGGCGAGUGCGACGUGGGGGCGUUUUGGGGCGCCACAAUGGACACAAUUCCCGUGACUUUGAUUGUCAAGGCGCCCAAUCAGCAGUUCGAGGAUCAGACCAUCAAGUGCGAACUCUCCUGGACCAUCAAGAGGCUCAAGGGAUAUCUCUCGGAAGUCUAUCCGUGCAAACCUAGCACGGAGGAGCAGAAGUUGAUCUAUUCAGGGCAGCUGUUGAACGACACAGUCGUGCUGAAGGAUGUCCUGAGGCAGUAUGAGGGCCAGGAGACUCACACAGUUCAUCUCGUGUUCACGCCCAAGAUGAAUCCGCACGGCAGCGACGCGGGAAGUGGCGAAGGCGCCAAGAAAGGCGCGCAGGACAACAGCAGAACGACGCUGGAGAGCGAAGGAUUGAGGCAAAGGCGCGCUCUGGGCGGCGAUCAAGUGCCGAUGGCGGAAGCCAGUGCGAUGCCGGGAGUGAAUGCGGCGGCGCAGGACGCGCAUGUGGGCCAAUUCGGCGGGAUGCCGCAGCCAGGCAAUUUCCUGGUGGCGCAGCAGCUGGCCUACCAACAGUGGCUGCAGCAGGCGUACGUGGACUACAUGAAUCAGUACGUGAGUCUCAUGUCGCGCCCCGGCGCACAGGCGGCCUACCAGCCGCCUGCCUUCGUUCCUCCUGCGGCCGAUCAGGCGCCAGCCGCCGAGGCGGCGCCAGAGCCUGUGGCGGAGGCGCCACAGCCGCGCUUCCCCAAUCUGGUGCGCGACGAGGGGCCGGAGCAGCGCGAUUGGCUGGACAUCUUCUACGCCUUCAGCCGCCUGAUGGUCCUCAUCACCCUCGUGUACUUCUACUCAUCACCAACGCGGUGCCUAAUUGUCGUGGCGAUAGGGAUUCUCAUCUACUGCUAUCACACGGGCGUGUUUCGCCACAUGGGUGGCGGCGCGGAGGCGAACAACAACAGGGCGCCGCUGGAGCCGCGGCCGCCGGUGAUCAAUAACAACAAUAACAACAACACUGACGCCGAGGACGAGGCGUCCGACGCGGUUGUCCGCGAUGAGACGAACAGAACUCCUGUGAUUGCCUUUCUGCGCACUUUCGUGCUCUCGUUCUUCGCGUCGCUGAUCCCAGAGGCGGCGGCGCUGUAAGUGUCACGCACGCACGCGUGCCAGGAGAAUGAUUACCCAGUGGAUUAUCAGGUGGAAUAAUCGCGCUUAGCAAGUAAUAUUUCCGUUUGUAAUUUGGAGAGUCACACAAAAACACACUAUAAAUAAUUCGCAUUGAUUCCAAUAUUGGAGUGUGCAAAACUGUACAAAAUAUAUAUUAUUAUUAUUAUUAUU